AUGUGGAACCACAAAGUUACGGUUGAGAUUAGGGAAUGCAUGGAGAACUUUAUCGAUCUGAUUUGCAAAGAUUUAGAGAGUGGGACAAGAAUGAGGAUGACCUUCCUGCAUGCCUUGACAAACUUCCAAGAGACGUUGUGCCUUUGGGAUAUACUACGUUUUAUCUCGACUAUCAAUUCCAUGCCAUGGAUUUGUGUCAGAGAUUUCAACAAGAUAUUAUUUCAUUGGGAAAAGAUAGGAAAACGAGAAGAGGAGAACUAUAGAAUGGGAGCAUUUCGCGAGCUACUAGCUGAUUGCUCCCUCAUGAAAGGGGAAAGUAAGGACUGUGCUUUCACAUGGUCAAACAAUAGAAAAGGCGAGGCGCUAGUCAAGAAAAGGCUAGAUAGAGUCCUAUGCAAUUCCGAAUGGAGAGUCUUAUUCCUCAAUGCAGAGGCUUAUGCUUUACCAGCUAUUGGCUCCAACCAUAGCCAGAUCAUACUCUCGACUUCCCCAGCUUGGAAAAGGAGUAGGAAAGAACUCAAAUUUGAAGCAUUUUGGCUUGAGGAUCCAGAAUGCAGCAAAAUUGUCAAAGAUGUUUGGGGUGACCAGCAAGACAGUGAGCUUAAUUUCAUGGACAAAACUCAGAAAGUAACCUUGGCUUUGACUUCCUGGAGCCGAAGGAAAUUUUCGAAUGCUUCCAAACAGAUUUGA